UUCAUUUCACUUUGAGCUUACAGAGUGGUGACAGCUUGCUAGACAGAGAGUUGAUCACUAGUACAGUAGUGAAAAUUAUGGGCACUAAAAUGAAAAAUGCAGAGACACUGCUGUCUUUGAAACAGUUUCACAUCUCUGAGGACUGUGGGUUCAUUCUUCCUGAACCUCUGACAGACCUUCCAGUAUACUACAAGCCCUGGAUGGACAUUGCCAGAAAUGUGCCAGAACUCAUCUCUUCCCAUUCUUUGCGCCUCAGAAUUCAUGAUAUGCCUCUGUUGGAGACUCAUUUGUUGCAGACUCAUCGUGAGCUGCGUUUGGCCCAUCUGGCUUUGAGCAUAAUGACUUCGGGUUAUGUGUGGCAGGAGGGAGAGAGAGAAACAGUAAAAGUGCUUCCACGGAAUCUGUCGGUGCCUUUUUGUGAAAUGUCUCAGAGACUGGGUCUGCCCCCGAUUCUCAUCCAUGCUGACACGGUCCUUGCCAACUGGAAGAAAAGAGAUCCAAAUGGACAUUUUUCCAUGGAGAACUUGGAUUUGUUGCUGACAUUGCCUGGUGGGGAAAGUGUAAGAGGAUUUUUUCUGGUGACACUGCUGGUUGAGUUGGCAGCUGUUCCUGGCCUGAAGUCUAUCAUUGAUGUCAUCAAUGGUGUCCAUGAUAAUGAUGUUGCUGUGGUCAUCAAAGCUCUGGAUGUUGUCAGUCAAGCCAUAGACAGCAUGAAACAGGCCCUUAAACUAAUGCAUGAAUAUGUAGAUCCCUCUAUAUUCUAUGGCAUUAUGAGGAUCUAUCUGUCUGGAUGGAAAGAUAACCCAUCAAUGCCAGAAGGUCUCGUGUAUGAGGGAGUUCAAGAGAAGGCGAUGGAGUUUUCAGGCGGCAGUGCCGCACAAAGUAGUAUCUUACACUGCUUUGAUGAGCUAUUGGGAGUCCAACAUGAAGGCAGCAGUGGGGCCUUCCUGAGAAGAAUGAGAGACUACAUGCCGCCCUCUCAUAAGCAGUUCAUUGAACACAUCUAUAGCCGCCUGUCUCUGCGCAGCUUUGUGCUCCAGCAAGCGGAUGAGCAUCUAACACAGUCAUUUGAGCAGUGUGUGGCUCGCUUGGUGGACUUUCGGAAUUACCACAUUAACAUUGUCACCCGUUACAUCACUAUCCCGGCCUCCCGUGCCAAACAGCUCCGUGCCAGCAAGCAGGGUUUGGCCGAGGAGCUGGAUACGAUCAGAAAAGCACCCACAGCACUGGAGGAAAGAGGAACUGGAGGGUCAGGGAUUAUGACCUUUCUGAAGACAGUGCGUGAUGAAACCAAAGACACUACUAUCACACAGUGUACUAAUGGGAACCAAGUUUUGCCAGACUCAUCUGUGACAGAUAUACACAAGGCUGCAUCUGAGCUCACAAUAGAAUGAUGAUAGCAGCAAAGUAUUAUCACCAAUGUAAAGUAAAAUCAUGCACUACAGUAAAAGUGUUUUUAGGUCAAAACAUAAUUUAGGGUGAGAUUACACAUACAGACAGCAGUACUUCCCAUUCAUUGUAAAACAAACACACCACACAGAGAGACUAAACACUAUCUAAUUAAACAAUCCAGAUUUUAUACACAUAAAGAAUAUGACACUAUAUAAGAAAAUAUAACUAUGUUGGUUGUUUCAUUGAUAAACUUUCACACAAAACCAAAGGCUUCUGAAAACAUAAACUCCUGUCUGUGUGCAUAUUUGAGAUGACAAAUAAUCCUGAUUUAAAGGGUUAUCCAAGGUUAAAACUAAAUUUAAGUCAGCUGAAGUCAACAUGAAUUAUUUUUUAACCCAUUAAAAAAUUUCAAUGCAUUUCACUUAAGUAAAUGUCUAAUAUGUGCUAUAAAUAAAUAAUUUCAUGAAUAAAUAAGAGAACUGUCGAGUUGAGUUGGAGGCUUGGACAAUAUUUUAGACAAUACUAUCUAAAACACAGGUGUCAAACUCAGUUCCUGGAGGGAUGCAGCAUUUAGUUCCAACCCUGCUCCAACACACAUACCAUGUAGUUCCUUAUGCCUUAUGCAGGCAUAAGGCAGAUCAGUUGUCCUCUGGCAUCCCGUCACCUGUGGAGGUAAAAGCCCAAUCUACCUGGAGUAUGAUGACCUCCAAGGCCUUAUUCUUGGGUGUUUCCCUGCAGGACAUUUGUGAUGAGGCAAGCUGGUCCACUCUGCACAAAUUUGUACGGUUCUAUAACCUGGGCCUGGCCUCUACCCCAGGAUCCCAAGUCUUCUUAUCUUAGAAGUGCUCACCUUAUACACACCUGACAGGGACUUGUUAGUAUGGCACAGUGGGCAUUCUCGUACCCAAAGCGUUCAGGUGCAGGUCAAGUUCCCUGAAUGUCUAAGGUUAUGUGUAACCCGAGAAGCUUUAUACCCAUGUAGUCAUAUGAUUUCAGAGAGAGAUAAUAGUGCACUUUGUGUCAAAAUUGUAUUAAUGACCCCUCAUGAAAUAUGUUCAUUUAAAACGUGAAAGUAAACAUGGUGAUCAAGGGUUGUUUUUAAUUAAAGUUUUUACAUAGGCUUACAGUUGAAGAAACUUCACAUACAACAGAAAAAAUGUUUCGAGAUGACUGUGUUAUUAAAAAAAUGAAAGAUUUUCACAUAUUGUUAGUUUCAGAAGUGGUAAAGUGUGUUUCUAAAACAAUGCGGCAGACACAAGCAUGAGCAUUAAACAUAUCAAACAGUA